CGGACGACAACGAAAGUCGUUUGAAACGUUGGUCAAGUUCCGAACAGCGGAUAGCUCGGGCGUUUUGCGGGGUCGAGCAGAAACGCUGCUGUUGCUGCAGCCCUCAGCUCUCGAUGUAACCCAGAGGCGUUCACGGUCACCCUCGGGCUGGUUCCAACCCCCGAUGCCCAGUGGUGGUUGGUCGUUCUCAACUCUCCACUUGUCCUCUGAUCCUUCUACUCGUCGUCCAAUUUUUAUUAUAUUUUUUGGUUAUCGUCUCGGAAUGAUGAUAACAGCAUCUUGUCAACUCCCGGAUUGUCAUUGACCUGCUACAGUAGCGGUUCUUCACCAUCCUCCUCCACGAAUACACGUAACACAGCUGUCGCAACUCGCAUUCACCGCCAUGGCCGAUCAUCAACUCAGCCUGCGGGCACAGCUUCUCGAUUGCCUCACCAUCGGCCGUGUCAUCCUCUCCAUCAUCCUCUUCUUCAUCGGCUCUUUCGUGCUCGACUACACAUGGAGGCCCAGCUAUCCCUCUUCCAUUCCCAUGGUGGGCCAUGGAAGGGGUCUUGUCAACACCAUCCGCAACAUCGCCAACUACAUGUUCCAUUACCGUGAAUGGGUCAUUGAAGGCUACGAGAAGCAUUCCAAAUCCGAUCGUGCCUUCAUCAUCCCCGCCUCUCUCUCCCGCCCGCACGACAUCGUCCUCCCCCGGUCCCAGACCGCAUGGCUCCUCGAGCGCCCCGACCACAUCGUCUCGGCCCACGAAGCCCACAACGACGUCCUCUACUCCGACUACAAUCUCCUCGGCCGAGAAAACGCCCGCACCACCUGGUACAACCGAGUGAUCCACAAGUUCCUCGCCCGCAACCUCCCCGUGCUGGUCCCUGGUCUCGACCAAGAAGUCUCCCACUCCGUCGACGUUGCCUUCGGCGCCGGCACCACGCCCGACGAUUACAAGGAGGUGAACCUCUGGAACGCCUGGCUGGGCGUCGUCCCGCAGGUCACCAACCGCAUGCUCGUCGGCCGGGACAUUUGCCGCAACGAAGAGUUCAACAAGAGCAUGGUGGCCUUCGUCGACGCCUUCGUCCUCAACUGCCUCAUCCUCAACCUGAUUCCCAAGAUCCUCCACCCCGUCUUCGGCCGCCUGGUCACCACCCCGAACUGGUGGCACUGGCGGAAAGCCACCAAGCACAGCGUCCCCGUCAUCGAGAAGCGCCUGCGCGACUUUGCGCGCAAGGAGGCAGGGGACCCGGCCUACGACUCGUGGACCCCGCCCGAGGACUUCAUCACCUGGACCAUCCGGCUCGCCAAGGCCGAAAACGCCACGGCCGAACUCGACCCGUACACCAUCUCCAAGCGCCUCCUCCCCAUCCAGUUCGCCGCCAUCCACACCACCGUCCUCACGGGCCACGGCGUGCUGCUGGACCUCCUGUCGUCCGACCCGGCGGACGGCGUCCUGGAGGGCCUCCGCGAGGAAGCGGCGCGCGUGCUCGCCGAGGACGGCGAAGACGGGCAAGACGGGCAAGACGGGCAGGGCGGCGGGCGGCGCUGGACCAAGAACGCGCUGGCGCGCCUGUACCGCCUCGACAGCGCCAUCCGCGAGUCGCAGCGCGUCAGCAACUUCUCCGCCACCCUCGUCGAGCGCAAGGUCGUCGCCCCCGAGGGCCUGACGAACCCCGCCGAGGGCUGGCAUGUGCCCCAGGGCGCCUACCUCACGUUCAAUCUCCAGGGGCUGCACCACGACCCGGAGCUCUACGACCGGCCUGAGGAGUAUGAUGCGUUUCGGUUCAGUCGGCCGCGCGAGGCGUACGAGGCCCUCCCCGCGGAGAAGAAGGAUCCGGAGGAGGGGUUGCGGUUGAAGAAGUUGGGCAUGGUUACGACGGGGGAUGCGCAUUUGGCUUUUGGGCAUGGUCGGCAUGCUUGCCCCGGCCGGUUUUUCGUUGCCCAUGAGCUGAAGAUGGUAAUUGCCCACCUCCUGCUCAACUACGAUCUCCGCCACUUGACUGGCGAACGUCCGAGGCCGAAGUGGGUUGGGGGGACCAUCAUUCCACCUACGGAGGCUACCAUCCAAAUCAAGAAGAGGAAGGCGGCCACAGCAGCAUAAACCAACUGCUGAGGCCGGUUCUGUCGCAUGGGAUGUACGAUAAUGAUUUAAUGUCCCUUUAUUUCGAGCUAGCGAGUUUUCUUCAGGAUUGCCUAGAUACCAUUCAUCUAAUGCAGAUUUUAUGAUUGCUCUCUUUUUGCGUAAAUGAGAGUUAUUCUAUUCACUACCGCAAC